AUGGGGGACACUUUUGUGACAAUCAAUAAGGAAAAUUAUGCUUGGCCUUAUCCGAGAACUUUGGUACCCAGUCCUUCUCAACCUCCAAUCAAAAUCAAACCCGACAAUUGCUAUGUGGCCAAACUGGUGGAGCCCUAUUGUCAUUGCGACUACCACUUGUACGAACCGGAAAUGGGACGCUACAUGAAACUGGCAGAAAAAGAAAAAGCCCUGUAUCAGGAAUUGGACUCUUUAAAAAAACGCAUGGCAGUACUGGUCAGCGACAUUUUGGACCAUCCUUGUGAUACCGACGAUGAAAAAAUGCAAACUAUUUAUGAGACCGAUUAUGUUAAAAGAGGUCUUAAUUUGGUCCAAUAUAGAAAACUCAUGCCAGCAAUCGAUUCUCCAGUGGGGGUUCCAAUUAAAAGCGAAACCAUCGGAACUGGUAGGGGCUACAGGGACCCAACCAGGUUCCGUUACAGCGAAAUUCAAAAACCAUUCAUUGACGUUUGCACUCCUGUAUCUUUCACUAGAACUCCAACGGUUAUGGAUGAGUGGUUUGCUCACAGAACUGGCAACACUGAGUACCAAGAUUCUUACAGUAAAAUGGGCUUGAAUAUACUCAAGAGUAGUCAACAGUAUGCGGAACCUUUGCCUUCAUCGAGAAGGAAAUUGGAUUCAAGAUGUGCAUAA